AUGUCUACAACGCUCUUCACAUCAUCAGAUCUUCUGCAUCAUUACACAAACCUAGACCUUUCUGGUAGAAAGGAGCCGUGCUUGUCCAUCGCCGAGUACGUUUCCGAAGAGGAAUUUACACUGUCCUCCGGCUCUACGCGCUCGUUGAUCAUGCCUCUAACUUCUCACAUCCACUCACUUGCCGUAAGGCAAACGAGGCGGACAGUUAUUGAGAUUCUCCGUGCCAAUCGAACACCCUUCAACAAAUGCACCUGCCGCCAUAACGUACAAUCAAGGUUCAAUUCGAAGGACUAUGCAGCUGGCUUGAACGACAAACCACGACAACAUGUUACGCGAGCAGAUUUCCUUGAUUUAGAAAACAUGCAGCUAUUGAUAUAUAAAGUGUCUUGCGAGUGGUUAGAGCGUAUUGUACCGCACAGUAGCCAAAGCAAAGCAGACUCAUUCUCACAACAUGGGAUUAAAUUGAUUCCCUUUUCCAUCCCAGAUUAUCAGAAGGUCUCAGUCUAUCUCAAAAAAUCAUAA